CCGAAGAUAACGCUCCGUGCGCGGGGAGUCAGUGGGCACCGUUCGCUCCAUUGGCUCCGUGUUGCUUUAUUUCAAUCGCCUCUAAAACUGAGUGGUACACCCCUUGUAAACAAAGAGAGUGACGCGGACUCACCUGCGCAGGAGUCUGCAGCUGUUUUAAGGAUGCUUUUAUCUCGACGUCGAACCUUAAGGUAACCAGACGUCACUGCUCUCAUCGCUCUCUGAAGCCCGGAGCGGAAAUGGUCUGCUGGACCAGGCAGUGGGGGACAUGUGUCUGGCUCCAGACUUUACUGGCCUUUGCCUCAGCCAACUGUCCCUCACUCACCCCCAACCCCGUCAACUACUCCGUGGUCUACACGAUGCCCUUCUUCCAGGCGCGGGGCCCGAUCCAAAACAUUGUCAACAACACGUUGUACCAGGAGGUGUAUGUCGCCUCUCAAAAUGUGAUUGAAGCCGUCAACAGGAGCUUGGAGAAGGUUUGGGAGCUCAAAACUGGGCCGGUGGGAAGUCCGGAGUGUGAAAUAUGCGACUUGUGUCAAAUUGACAAGGAUCCCAACUUCCUGGAGGACACCAACAAUCAGGUCCUGCUGCUGGAUAAUCUCUUUAUGUAUUUAUAUUCAUGUGGGAGUUCUCAGCAUGGUGUGUGCUAUUUUCACCAACUCAACCCCGAUGGAGAGCCUCCUUCUCUCUCCAAGUGUUUAUUCAGGAAGGAUUCAAACUCGGCUGCCUACUGUCCUGACUGUGUGGCCAGUGGUCUCGGUACCAAGGUCACCAUGGUGGAAGAGGGGCAGACUGUCUACUUCUUUGUUGCCGCCACAGUGAAUGACAGUGUGACUCACCGGUACGGUAGAAAGUCCAUAUCUGUCCGGCGCCCACUGGCAACAGAAGAUGGGUUCUACAGCGAUGUUCGGGGCCUGACGGUCCGUCCAAGCCUGCGAAGAACAUACCAUAUAGAAUACGUCUAUAGCUUCUUCACUCAGGAGUUUGUCUACUUCCUUUCGGUUCAAAGAGAAAGUCCUGAUCAGAACUCUUCGCCGUUUCAAACUCGUCUGGGUCGUCUUCCCCGCAACGAAUGGGAGAUGAAGCGGUACCGAGAGGUGAUCCUUGAGUGUCGAUUCGAACCCAAACGCAGGAAGAGGAACGUCGCCAGUGAACCCUAUAAAGAUGUUGUGUACAACGUGGUCCAGGCAGCCCACUUUGGCAAGGCAGGACGGGAGCUGGCAGAUGAGUUGGGAGCUGAGGAAGAGGAUGACAUUCUUUACGGUGUAUUCGCUGUGACCGGCGAUGAUGGGGUGACGGAGCAUGACUCUGCAAUGUGUGCCUUCCCCAUGAACAACGUGAACAAGGCGAUCAGUGACGGCGUGGACGACUGCUGCGAGUCUGGCCCGGAGCAGCUGUCCAGAGGACUCUGCCACUUCCAGUCCUGUGAGAGCUGUCCACAUGAGAGCAUGGAAAACAACGCGACCUGCAGAGACCAUCCCACCAUGGUUUCCAAGCCGUACUACAGAGUGGACCUGUUCAACAGGCAGAUGACCAACGUGCUGCUCACCUCUCUGCUGGUCACAACCAUCGAGAACAAGACAGUGGCGCACAUCGGCACAUCCACAGGGCGUCUGCUGCAGCUUGUGUUGACAAGAUCCAGCCCGGUUAUUUUUGCCAACUAUUCCUUAGUGGAGAACCAGAGGGUGUCGCCCAUCGCUGCUGUUUACUCAGAGUAUCUCCUCUUUGUGAUUGGAGACAAGAUGAUCCAGGUUCCUCAGCGAGGUCCCGGCUGCCAACACUUCAUGACCUGCGCCUCCUGUCUGACCGCUCCGAAGUUCAUGGGGUGCGGGUGGUGCUCUGGAGUGUGUUCCUGGGAGAGUGAGUGCGACCGUCCCUGGAAGAACGAGUCCUGCCCACCAGGAAUCACAGGGUUUUUUCCCCGGACUGCUCCCCCUGAUGGUCAAACAGAGCUGACAGUGUGUGGAUUCGAGUUCCAGUCACCCAUACGACCCGCAAUCACAUCCAGAACCCACCAGGUUCGAAUUGGCUCGACGGCCUGCACUGUGCUUCAGGCCAAGAGCAACAGCACGCAUUUGGUGUGUAAGAUCCGCUCUGGUGACACAGACCUCAUGAAGCCAGUCAACGUCACGGUGGAGGUGCACGAGGGAAAAGUGGAAGGACGCUACUCCAUUGAUGGCAAAGCAGAAAUGCCCGGGUUCACAUUCCUGAUCCCCAACAUCACGGAGAUCCAGCCCAACUACGGGCCUCGUGACGGGGGAACCCUCAUCACCGUGACGGGGCGUCACCUGGAUGCCGGCAGCACAAGAAGAGUCACGCUCAAUUAUGUGCCCUGUCCAAUAAAGAGAGUCACCAGGCCAAAAGGGAACGUGUCCUCCAUCAUCUGUCUGUCACAGGCCAUCUCAGAGGUGAGGGACGUCCCCCUCAGCGUCUUCAUCGACAAGUCUCCGGUCCUGACCACAAAGGUGUUUUACUACAAAGAAAACCCCAAAAUCACAGCGGUGCACCCCGACUGUAGCUUCGAUAGGGGGUCCAAAAUUGUCAUCGAAGGAGAGAACUUGGAUUCUGUUUACCGCACCAUUGUGCGCUUCAAGCCCAACGAGAGCCACUUGAAAGCUGUGACCAAGGAGUGCAUCGGCAGGUCCUCGUCAACGCGGAUGGAGUGUGUCACUCCAGUGUUCAGCAGAGACGAGACGGAGGAGGGUGAGCUCUCUUUCGACAUGGACGGAGCUGUGGGACUCUGGAACAAGGAGUUCUCCUACCACCCGUACGGGGAGCCCAUCCCCUUUGAGACGGAGGGCCAUGUGUUGAGUCUGUAUCCCGGCUUUGAUGAAGUCUCGCUGCAUCACCAGAAACUCAACCUGGUCAGCUCCUGUAUGACCAUCAUCAUGACUGUGGCAGGAGUGGACUGUGAUGCCAAAGUCCUGGAUAAUGAGAUCACCUGCAGGAUCCCCAAAAACAUGACCAUUCCCAGCGAGGGGCUGCCUGUGAAGAUCUCCAUCAACGGGCAGGUGCACAACGUCGGCACGGUGGUGCGGGUGAGCAACCACUACAUGGUGGGGAUCAUCCUGGGCAUUCUGGCCGCGCUGGUGGCUGGAGCCGUGCUGGCCUUCGUCGUCAUGAAACACUUGAGAAAGAAAAAGAAAGCCUCCAUGGUGGAGACACGCUUGUCCCGCAGUGUUGCCCGCUCCAGGACCAAUAACGUGGAGAUGUCGCCUACCGGGGACUACAGACGAGGUGACACCAUUCAAACCCCCCACGCCUCCACAACAACACUCAUCUCAGUCUCUCCACCAGUAGUCUCCUUGAGUCCUCCGACACCCCUCGUGGGACCCGUGGUGUUUUCAGGGAGGGGUUUCGCUGCCCCACACAGGGACGCCACGCUCACCCCUCUCAUGCCCACAGAGAAGAUCUCCAUCUCCAGCUUCAGACUGGAGCUUCUAGAAGAAGUGAAGGACGUUCUGAUUCCUGCUGAGAUGCUGAUCGUGCAGCGCCAUCGCAUCAUAGGAAAAGGUCACUUCGGAACAGUCUACCACGGCUACUUCACGGACCACAACGACAGAGAAAUACACUGUGCAGUCAAGUCCUUGAACAGGAUCACGGAUGUGGAGGAGGUGGAGCAGUUCCUGAAGGAAGGAAUCAUCAUGAAGGGCUUCCAUCACACCAAUGUUCUGUCCCUGCUGGGCAUCCUGCUGCCACAGGAAGGGCUCCCCCUAGUGGUGCUGCCCUACAUGAAACACGGAGACCUGAGGCACUUCAUCCGCUGUGAGAAGAGGAACCCCACCGUCAAAGACCUGAUCGGCUUCGGACUGCAGGUCGCCAAGGGAAUGGAAUACCUGGCUCAGAAGAAGUUUGUCCAUCGAGAUCUGGCAGCCCGUAACUGCAUGCUUGACGAGUCUUACACCGUGAAGGUCGCAGACUUUGGGAUGGCCAGGGACGUGUUCGAUAAAGAGUACUACAGCGUUCAGGACCACCGCAAGGCCAAGCUGCCGGUCAAGUGGAUGGCUAUCGAGAGCCUACAAACGCAGAAAUUCACCUCCAAGUCAGACGUGUGGUCUUUCGGUGUGUUGAUGUGGGAGAUGCUGACCCGAGGGGCGAGCCCUUACCCAGAGGUGGACCCCUACGACGUGACUCACUACCUGCUGAAGGGCCGCAGGCUGCCACAGCCGCAGUACUGCCCACACCCUCUGUACAACAUCAUGCUCCAGUGUUGGGACCCCGACCCCGAGCUCAGGCCCAGCUUUGCCACACUGGUGUCGGCCGUCUCCUCCAUCAUCUCCAGUCUGGAGGGAGAGCACUACAUCAGCCUGAACGUCACCUACGUUAACCUGGACCAGCCGCGUCCGUACCCGGCUCUGACCGAGUCUGACGAGUACGACUCCUCAGACUGAGACGCCUCCUGCUCACUGGCAAGCGUGGAAGUGAAGAAGGGACGGAGCAGCCAGCCGUAUUUAUAGCUCUUACCAAAGUUAUGUUUAUUGAGGCACUAUUUAUUUUCUUCAGUAUUGAGAGAACCUAGCUCAGUUAGCUCAAUCCCUCCAGGAUUUUGUGAUUUAAGCUUUUAAUUUCCUGCAACAUGAACUGCAUUACCCCUUAAAUCUACUGUUGUGCUGGCGCCGCUCAAAGCAAGCAAAUUAUUUCCAAACUCGGCAGCAGAAGUUAGUCAUUCUACCUUGUGUGGACCCAUGUAACGCGUGUGAGAGAGAGAAUCAUCAGGUGUGUAGAGGGACUGGUUGCAUCUGAGAUGUCAGUGACUUUUUGUCAGAACGAAAAGAAGUUGCUGAAUGAAUGUUCAUGUUAAUUACUUCAUCACUCUACAAUCUACUGUAACAUUUUGUUUUAAAGCAAGUGAUUCGGGAAAUCCUGGAGGGACAGAAAAGCGAAGCUACAAUGCAAAUAAAACACAUCACUACCUGCAACCCAGCGUCCUGUUACAGUAGCAGAGCAGUCGUGUGACGAAACUGACACACCUGCAGCUGCAUCUCAUCCUCAUGCCAUGGUUUGACUCUGUUCCUGCCUUGUUUGGAAAGAAGUGUCG